GAAGUGUGAGGUGGUACACUUUGGAAGGACAAACUCCAAGGCAGAGUAAAUGGCAGGAUACUUGGUAGUGUGGAGGAGCAGAAGGAUCUCGGGGUACAUAUCCACAGAUCCCUGAAAGUUGCCUCACGGGUGGAUAGGGUAGUUAAGAAAACUUAUGGGGUGUUAGCUUUCAUAAGUCGAGGGAUAGAGUUUAAGAGUCGCGAUAUAAUGAUGCAGCUCUAUAAAACUCUGGUUAGGCCACACAUGGAGUACUGUGUCCAGUUCUGGUCACCUCACUAUAGGAAGGAUGUGGAAGCAUUGGAAAGGGUACAGAUGAGAUUUACCAGGAUGCUGCCUGGUUUAGAAAGUAUGCAUUAUGAUCAGAGAUUAAGGGAGCUAGGGCUUUACUCUUUGGAGAGAAGGAGGAUGAGAGGAGACAUGAUAGAGGUGUACAAGAUAAUAAGAGGAAUACAUAGAGUGGAUAGCCAGCGCCUCUUCCCCAAGGCACCACUGCUCAAUACAAGAGGACAUGGAUUUAAGGUAAGGUGUGGGAAGUUCAAGGGGGAUAUUAGAGGAAGGUUUUUUACUCAGAGAGUGGUUGGUGCGUGGAACGCACUGCCUGAGUCAGUGGUGGAGGCAGAUACACUAGUGAAGUUUAAGAGACUACUAGACAGGUAUGUGGAGGAAUCUAAGGUGGGGCUUAUAUGGGAGGCAGGGUUUGAGGGGUGGCACAACAUUGUGGGCUGAAGGGCCUGUGCUGUGCUGUACUAUUCAAUGUUCUAUGUUCUAUGUUAACAACACUAGAGCUGGAGCCCCUUCCUUUGUGAGACAGUCAGGUAAUUGUUCCUUUGUAGUUGACCAUAACACGUGAUGAAUUUUUUGUGCUUGGACAAGUUUUUUGAUACUGCUUAUCCUAGGCUGCAGAAGGACUUAGACAGAUUAGCCGAAUGCCCAAGAGAGUGGCAAAUAAAAUACCAUAUUGGAAAAUGCAUGGUCGUGCACUUUGGUAGUAGAAAUAAAUAUGCAGACUAUAUUCUAAACAGGGAGAAAAUCCAAAAAUCUGAGAUGCAAAGGGACUUGGGAGUCCUUGAGCAGAACACCUUAAAGGUUGACUUGCAGUUUGAGUCAGUGGUGAAGAAGGCAAAUGCAAUGUUGACAUUAAUUUCAAGAGGUAUUGAAUACAACAGCAGGGAUGUGAUGCUUAAAAAGGCACUGGUAAGGCUUCAUCUUGAGUAUUGUGAACAGAUUUUGUCUCCUCAUCUAACAAAAAAUGUGCUGGCAUUGGAGAGGGUUCAGAGGAGGUACACAAAGAUGAUUCUGGGAAUGAAAGGGUUAUGAUACGAGGAAUGUUUGAUAGCUCUGGGUCUGUACUCGCUGGAAAUUAGAAGGAUGAGGGGGGAAUCUCAUUGAGACCUUUUGAAUGUUGAAAUGCCUAGACAGAGUAGAUGUGGAAAGGAUAUUACCCAUGGUGGGGGAGUCUAGUACAAAGGGGUACAGCCUUAGAUAGAGAGGCAUUCAUUUAAAACAAGGAUAUUUCUUUAGUCAGAGGGUGGUGAGUUUGAGGAAUGUAUUUUAUUUAUUUCAAAAUAUACUUUAUUCAAAAAUAAAAUUAUGUACAAUAAACCAUUCAAUGACUCUCAAUCCUUUACAGGUGUUUCCAUUAGGGGCUUGCUCUGGAGGCCAGGUCGUUGGGUGUAUUUAAGGCAGAGAUUGAUAUGUUCUUGAUUGGAAACAACAUCAAAUUUAUGGGAAGGAGGCCGGGGAAUAGAUCUGUGGAUGGGGAAAAAAAGGAUCUGCCAUGGUUGAGUGGCAGAGCAGACUCGAUGGGCCAAAUGGCAUAAUUCUACUCCUCUGUUUUAUGGUCUUAUGGUCUUGUAGUGCCUUCUGCAGCAGGUGAGCUGUCAACCAGUGCAGAGGGAAGGUUUGGAUUUUGGCUGAACACCAAUUGAGACGGGAGCUAUAGCCAUGUACAUGUGCAUGGUAUUCUUCACCAUAAGGGCCUAGUCCAGGACUGUGAUCCAAUCACAACCAUUGCUUUUCUUUACAUUCAGCAUUAUUUCAGUAAGCGUUUGAUUGUGCCUCUCCAGAAAUCCAUUACUCCAAAGACAAUAUGCCGCUGUUGUCUUAGUUUCAAUGUUAAAGUUUUCUGCCAUAUCUCCGAAUUCAUCAUUAUUAAAUUCAGCACGAUUAUCACUGAAUACUUUACAAGGUGGGCCAUGCAUACUUAUCCAGGACUGGAUGAAGGUAUCACCAUUACUGAGGGUCUCUUUGUGCUUACGAUGCCACUUGCUCUGAAAUGUGUGAACUCAUCAAUAAUGUGGAGUACCACAGUCCUUGCUCCAGUUCAUGAAGGCCUACGGCUACUGUUUUAUUGUACUCAGAUGCUCGUGGCAGACCAACUGCAGGCUUGAGCUUGAGCUUUCAAAGCUUUUGGCAUGUCUCACAGCGGACAAUUAUCUGCUUUAGAAUAGAAGAAUAAUUAGCAUCUUUGUUCUCUGAACUCCUGAGCAGUUUCUGAAGUCUAUCAAUUGAAGCAUGUCCAAACUGCUUGUGAAGUUGAAGCAACCCUUUGCAUUUCUCCUCCAUUGUAUGUUUUGUGUAACAAUUAGUACUCCAUUCUCACAUUGGUCAUCGACUAGAAUGUUCACACAGUAAUGUCCAGAGCUGGUGAACUCAAGAGACACUGGCUGUUGAAACAUCAUUGCUUGGUCACUCUCCAUAUCUAGUACUGCUCUUGCUUUUUUUUAACAUAGAAACAUAGAAAACCUACAGCACAAUACAGGCCCUUCGGCCCACAGAGUUGUCCCUACCUUAGAAAUUUUUAGGCUUACCUAUAGCCCUCUAUUUUACUAAGCUCCAUGUACCUACCUAAAAGUCUCCUAAAAGACCCUAUCGUGUCCGCCUCCACCACUGUUGCUGGCAGCCCGUUCCACGCACUCACCACUCUCUGAGUAAAAAACUUAUCCCUGACAUCUCCUCUGUACCUACUGCCCAGCACCUUAAACCUGUAUCCUCUUGUGGCAACCAUUUCAGCCCUGGGAAAAAGCCUCUGACUAUCCACACGAUCAAUGCCUCUCAUCAUCUUAUACACCUCUAUCAGGUCACCUCUCAUCCUCUGUCGCUCCAAGGAGAAAAGGCUGAGUUCACUCAACCUAUUCUCAUAAGACUUACUCCCCAAUCCAGGCAACAUCCUUAUAAAUCUCCUCUGCACCCUUUCUGUGGCUUCCACAUCCUUCCUCUAGUGAGGCGACCAAAACUGAGCACAGUACUCCAAGUGUGGUCUGACCAGGGUCCUAUAUAGCUGCAACAUUACCUCUCGGCUCCUAAAUUGAAUUCCACAAUUGAUGAAGGCCAAUACACCGUAUGCCUUCUUAACCACAGCAUCAACUUGCGCACCUGCUUUGAAUGUCCUAUGGACUCAGACACUGACUCUGAUCCUCCACACUGCCAAGAGUCUUACCAUUAAUGCUAUAUUCUGCCAUCAUACUUGACCUACCAAAAUGAAGCACUUCACACUUAUCUGGAUUGAACUACAUCUGCCACUCCUCAGCCCAGUUUUCCAUCCUAUCAAUGUCCUGCUGUAACUUCUGGCAGCCCUCCACACUAUCCACAACACCUCCAACCUUUGUGUCAUCAGCAAACAUACUAACCUAUCCCUCCACUUCCUUAUCCAGGUCAUUCAUAAAAAUCACAAAAAGUAAGGGUCCCAAACCAGAUCCCUGAGGCACACCACUGGUCACCGACCUCCAUGCAGAAUAUGACCCAUCUACAACCACUCUUUGACUUCUGUGGACAAGCCAGUUCUGGAUCCACAAAGCAAUGUCCCCUUGGAUACCAUGCCUCCUUACUUUCUCAAUAAGCCUGGCAUGGGGUACCUUAUCAAAUGCCUUGCUGAAAUCCAUAUACAUUACAUCUACUGCUCCUCCUUCAUUAAUGUGUUCAGUCACAUCCUCAAAAAAAUUCAAGCAGGUGCAUAAGUCACAACCUGCCCUUGACAAAGCCACACUCACUACUCCUAAUCAUAUUUUACCUCUCCAAAUGUUCAUAAAUCCUGCCUCUCAGGAUCUUCUUCAACAACUUACCAACCACUGAGGUAAGACUCACUGGUCUAUAAUUUCCCAGGCUGUCUCUACUCCCUUUCCUGAAUAAAGGAACAACAUCCGCUAUGCUCCAAUCCUCCGGAACCUCUCCCGUCCCCAUUGAUAAUGCAAAGAUCAACGCCAGAGGCUCAGCAAUCUCCUUCCUCGCCUCCCACAGUAGCCUGGGGUACAUCUCAUCUGGUCCCAGUGAUUUAUCCAACUUGAUGGUUUCGAAAAUCUCCAGCACAUCCUCUUUCUUAAUAUCUACAUGCUCAAGCUUUUCAGUCUGCUGCAAGUCAUCACUACAAUCACCAAGAUCCUUUUCCAUAGUGAAUACUGAAGUAUUCAUUAAGUACCUCUGCUAUUUCCUCCGGUUCCAUAUAUACGUUCCCACUGUCAGACUUGAUAGAUCCUGUUCUUGCAUGUCUUAUCCUCUUGCUCUUCACAUACUUGUAGAAUGCCUUGGGGUUUUCCUUAAUCCUGCCCACCGAGGCCUUCUCAUGGCCCCUUCUGGCCUAAUUUCCUUCUUAAGCUCCUUCCUAUUAGCCUUAUAAUCUUCUAGAUCUCUAACAUUACCUACCUCUCUGAACCUUUUGUAAGCUUUUCUUUUCUUCUUGGCUAGAUUUAUUACAGCCUUUGUACACCACAGUCCUGUACCCCACCAUAACUUCCCUGUCUCAUUGGAACACACCUAUGCAGAACUCCACACAAAUAUCCCCUGAAUAUUUGCCACUUUUCUUCUGUACCUUUCCCUGAGAACAUCUGUUUCCAGUUAAGCCUCCAAUUUCCUGCCUGAUAGCCUCAUUAUUCCCCUUAUUCCAAUUAAAUGCUUUUCUAACUUGUCAGUUCCUAUCUCUCUCCAAUGCUAUUGUAAAGGAGAUAGAGUUAUGAUCACUAUCUCCAAAAUGCUUUAGGGAAGAUUUAAUCAAGUAAUGGAAUGUUCACUGGUACCACCUCUGUUUCAGUGUAACAUUUUGCCUUAUUUUUGCAAGAAUUUUCGCUCUUUUGGUGGAAUGUACAAUUUUUUUCAUCUCCAGAUUUGAAUGCUUUGAAACUAGAUGUAUCUAUGCUCACCAGUUUCUGCACGUCAUUCUGGUUUCGUUCACCUACAUAGCUUUCAAGCCAUUUUUUUCUAUCAUCAAAAUCUCUGCCUCAGAUAUCUCUGUAUUAGUGAAUGAUUCCUUUGCUAACAAUGUAACAUGGUGGCACUCUUCUAUAUCUUCAGAUUUGUUAUCUUCUUCAGUUAGCUAAACUUGUUUGGUUCUGUGGAGACAGCUUCUUAUCCAGUGGUGAAUACUUUGACGAGCUUCCCAUUUCGAUCUCCUACCAUACUUGUUUAUUGGAUUUGUGCCAGGUAAUGGGACCCUUGUCUGGUCCUUCUGGGAUCUAUGCUUGCUAUACUCUUGUUUUUCUGCUCAGUGAAAUAUGCAGUUUCCUGACUUAAACUAAUUCUGACUGUUGCCUUAGUAACCUUUUCUCGAAAGUCCUCUUCAGUACUGAUUUCAUAGAUGCAAAUAUAAGUUCUGUGCAUGCUGUUAAUGUGAGCUGCCUGUCUAGAUAUGCAGUAUCCAACAAUUUAAAAGCUAAUACAGCGUCAGGAAGUUCCAUUUUGUAUUCACAAAUGCGAGUGCAUUUUGUUCAAAAUCAAUAAUAUAAUCAGCCAUAUUUUUAGAAUUAUCUCCAUAAAUUUUGUCAAGUCUGAAUAUGCCUCAUAAAUCCAAUCCUUUUCUUCCUUAAAAAAAAGUCGUGUAUUUAUUAGCAUAUUCAUAAGACCAGAAGACCAUAAGACAAAGGAGCAGAAGUCGGCCAUUUGGCCCAUCGAGUCUGCUCCGCCAUUUUAUCAUGAGCUGAUCCAUUCUCCCAUUUAGUCCCACUCCCCCGCCUUCUCACCAUAACCUUUAAUGCCCAGGCUACUCAGAUAUCUAUCAGUCUCUGCCUUAAAUACACCCAAUGACUUGGCCUCCACUGCUGCCCGUGGCAACAAAUUCCAUAGAUUCACCACCCUCUUAAAUAGCGGAGUGACAUUUGCAAUCUUCCAGUCCUCCAGUCCAUGCCAGAAUCUAUCAACUUUUGAAAGAUCAUCGCGAAUGCCUCUGCAAUCUUCACAGCUACUUCCUUCAGAACACGAGGGUGCAUUCCGUCUGGUCCGGGAGAUUUAUCUACCUUUAGACUAUUCAGCUUCCUAAGUACUUUCUCUGUCAUAAUUGUGACUGUGCACACUUCUCUUCCCUGCCACCCUUGAGUGUCCAGUAUACUGCUGAUGUCUUCCUCAGUGAAGACUGAUGCAAAAUACUCGUUCAGUUCCUCCGCGAUCUCCUUAUCUCUCAUUACAAUUUCUCUAGCAUCAUUUUCUAUUGGUCCUAUAUCUACUCUCACCUGUCUUUUACUCUUUAUAUACUUGAAAAAGCUUUUACUAUCCUCUUUGAUAUUAUUUGCUGGCUUCCUUUCAUAGUUAAUCUUUUCCCUCUUAAUGACCUUCUUAGUUUCCUUUUGUAAGCUUUUAAAAGCUUCCUAAUCCUCUGGCUUCCGACUAAUUUUUGCUUCCUUGUAUGCCCUCUCCUUUGCUUUAACUUUGGCUUUCACUUAUCUUGUCAGCCACAGUUGCAUCCUUUUUCCAUUUGAAAAUUUCUUCUUUUUUGGAAUAUAUCUGACUUGUACCUUCCUCACUUCUUGCAUAAACUCCAGCCGCUGCUGCUCUGCUGUUCUUCCCGCCAGUGUCCCUUUCUAGUCAACUUUGGCCAGUUCCUCUCUCAUGCCACUAUAAUUUCCUUUACUCCACUGAAAUACCAGCACAUCGGGUUUCGGCUUCUCUUUCUCAAAUUUCACAGUGAACUCAGUCGUGGUAUGAUCACUGCCUCCUAAGGGUUCCUUCACCUCAAUCUCUCUAAUCACCUCCGGUUCAUUACACAAUACCCAAUCCAGUACAGCCGGUCCCCUAGUGGGCUCAACAACAAGCUGUUCUAAAAAGCCAUCUCGCAGACAUGCUACAAAUUCUCUCUCUUGAGAUCCAGUGCUGACCUGUUUUUCCCAAUCCACUUGCAUGUUAAAAUCCUCCACAAAGAUCAUAACACUGCCCUUCUGACAAGCCUUUUCUAUUUCCUGUUGUAAUUUGUACUCCACAUCACUGCAGCUGUUAGGAGGCCUGUAUAUAACUGCCAUCAGGGUUCUUUUACCCCUGCAAUUUCUUAGCUCAACCCAUAAAGAUUCUGCACCUUCCGAUCCUAUGUCACCUCUUUCUAAUGAUUUCUUACCAAUAAAGCCACGCCACCCCCUCUGCCUACCUUCCUAUCCUUCCGAUACACCGUGUAUCCUUGGACAUUCAGUUCCCAGAGACAUGCAUCCUUUAGCCAUGUCUCAGUGAUGGCCACAAUAUCAUACCUGCCAAUCUGUAGCAGUACGACAAGAUCAUCCACCUUAUUCCUUAUGCUGCGUGCAUUUAAGUAUAACGCCUUAAGACCAGUAUUUGGCACUUUUUGCUUUGAUUGCACUGCAACUUUAUUGCACUGCAACUCAUCCCAAUGGCUACAAAUUUGCCCCAUCACCUGCCUGUCUUCAACAGAUAAAUAGCUGGAGAGUCUCAUAGUCUAUUUAUAUUCUUAUACUCUAUGUAUUCAUACCGUCAUCUUCGUUCGUCUUCCACAGAAAUUCCCAUCGCAGUCUCUCUCAUUCUUCCUAAAAGCAACGCUUACUUCAUCUUCUCCAGAUCCAUGACACGAGUCUAUAUUCCAAUUUCAUUUUUCCAGCUUUGUUCACAUCAAAUGCUGACAGGAUCCUAUAACUGGAAACCAUCCUCUGCUACCAUUGUUAGUGCUCGAACAACAAGGACUUGUUUUUCUUUUGUUUGAACAACUUUACUUUCAACAUCUCCCUUCAAUACCUGAGGGCUGCCCCUUUACAUCCCAUAAUUUCUCUCCCUCCACAUGCGUGCACACUCAUAACAGGGAGAGUGCGCAUGUGUGCUAAAUACUUACGUAGUCCAAAUGAACAUAACUCAACACUUUCUCCUCUGUCUUCACUAGAGUAAAUGUCUCUACCAUCCAGGUAUAAACAGACUUGAACAAGUUCUCUUAAUCUAAGCACUCCUUUCAGGUGAGACAACAGUUUAUAUACACCACCUCCAACUUCAUUUAGUGCAUUUUGUGCUACAUCAGCAAGACCAAGCACAUAAUGGAUGACCGUUUCUCAACAUCCUCAGGUAGACCAAUUAUACAUAAGUUCUGUCUUCUGGAUCGAUUUUCAAGAUCAAUAAUCUUGGAUUUAAGACUCUCCAGCUGUUUAUCUGUCGAAGAAACCUUUAGUUCCAAGCUCUCAAUUUUUUGAUCUCUUUUCCGUGCUUCCUCCUCCAAUUUGGUAAUUUUGUUUUGUUGCCAUUUAACUUCAUGGUCAAGAAAAAUAAUAGAAUCCAUAAUUAACUUAAUCUCUUCUCUCACACUUCAACAUAUUUCUUCAGAUUGUUCACGAAACAGAUUCAACAUUAUAUCACAGGUUAAUUCAGGUUGUUUAGGAUCAGGUUUCUUUUUCCUGUUGCCAUCGGCGUCUUUUACAGAUUUAGGGUCUCGAAGUUUAGGUCUUGUACUUGUUUCUUUACUCAUAUCUUCAAAGUUCAGAAUCCAAACUUACAAAAAAGAAAAAAGAAAAAAAUAAUUCUAUUGUAAGAGUCUUUUAGUCUAGAUGAAGGUAGAUUAAAUAGAGGUGCUCAUGGAUAUAAAAUGAAACGGUAAUGGAGCGAAGCCAAGAAGUAACCUCACUCCAUGAGCACCUCCUGGAGAAUCCGACCAUUUCACUGAAAAACCAUGCUCAGUCCACAAUGGCUCCCAGUUGCCUAUAACCUCCUAUUUUCACACUAACCUGCCUAUUCUUAUCUGCUGCCAGGAUAGAGCCCUAACCAAACUGGGAGAGCAACACCUAAAAUACUGCCUGGAUAGUGUAGCCCUAUGGUAUAAAGAUUGACUUUUCCAAUUUUAGGUAAGCCUUUCAGAUAUCCCACCUCUCCCAGGAGUUCCAGGAGUCUCCCGCAAAUUGAUAGUGGCUCCCUGAUGCCUGCAAAUUAUAUACAAUAUCCCGGAAAUCGAUUUUUUAAGAGAGGAGGAGGGAGAGGGAAAAGAAAGAAAGAAAAUGAAUAAAUCCUGCUUGAUCUCUCUUUGUGCUAGGUAGACCUAUCAGUUUUCUCUGUGGGUGGGCUUUACAGUCGACCUCUCUCUCUCUUCCAUAUUUCAUCAGUUCAGUUACUGCCGUCUGUAAUGACGCUGAAAUCAUUCGGACAACUAUCUGUGAUGAAGUACAAAAGCUUGGUGAAGAAAUUCCCAAGGCUGGUGGUGACAACCUGACUACGUGAGGCUGUCCUAUAUGGGCAGGGCGUGUUGGCAUCUUAAAGGGGAUUAGAGCAGGGUUUAAAUUGGAGGGAAAUUCCAAAAUCGUCUGCUAAGAUAUCUUUAAAUAUGCACUCGCAGCAGGCAAAUACUUAGGGUUUUUUUUUCCUGAAACACUUCCACUUGCAGGUACAUCAAAGCUCACGAUGGGCUGGGUUUAAGCGCAGCCGUUUUCAGAAGAAAAAAACGAUUUUAAUAAACACCCGGCUCCCACUAGGGUCUCGUCAUUAGGAGGCUGAACUGUUAACCUAUGCUGCGCACUUUAUAUGCAUUUUGAAUUACACUUUAUUAAAUAAUAUGGUAAUAUAUUAUUUUAUGUGAUGUGCGUGAUAUAUGUAUUGUGGCUACACCGUGGUCCGGACAGAGGUUGUUUUGUUUGUGGACAAUCAGCCAGAUGACAAUAAACUGGAACUUGAAGAUACAGAACUUCUAAAUCACUCAUUUAAAAUCCCCCAUUUCUACGUAAAAAAGUAAGUUCUGAUCCCGACUAUUGCAGGCAAUGUGUGUGUGUGUGUGUGUGAGACUACGGAUGUAUAUGUGAUCGGAUGUUGUCCGAAUGGACAUUAAGCGGCGCACACCUGUAAUAAGGAUACACCUUAUGCUUUUAUUUCUUUUAAGGACCACAACAUAUUAGGGAGGCUAAGCACAGGGAAGGCUGUUCAAGUAUUUCGCAGUUCUUUUCAGCGGAAAACCAAAGUCUGACAGAGAAGUUCCAGGUUCUGGGUCCUUGUCCAGUCUCUGGCUCGGAGUCCAUACCCAAGCCUCCGCAUUUCAAGACCCAAGAUCCCAGCCUGCAGGCCUCAAGACCAAGACCCCAGCCUGUCUCCAAGCUCAAGCCUCAAGACCAAGACCAGUGAGGGUGGGUCUCAUCACAGCUGCAAGAAUUAUAUUGCAAAACUGGAAAAAUACCCAGAUGUCCCACUGUGAAGGAAUGGACUGACGAAAUGAUUAAGAUUUCAUCAUAUCAACACAUGUUGGGAAGAACUAACAGUGACGGAAAAGUGCAAGAUACAUGGGGCUAUCGACUCUGUUUAUUUCAUGGGAUUCACAGAAACAGAUGAAACCUUCUUUGUUGUUCGUGUUUGCCGGAAACCAAAUGGCUUGUGUGAAAUAUGGUUACUGCUUCGAGUUGAUGGAAUCGGAUGCUUCCAGCAUCCCAUCCAUCCGGACACUAUCUGUACUUUGGACAGUGAGAACUCCUGGAGUGCAGGUGGACUAAAACUGGAGUGUCUGGAGCCACAUCGGCGAUGGCGAAUUUUCUUUAAUGGACUUCUGAGAAAAGGACCAUACAGGGACACAUGGAUGGAAGAAGAAGGCGAGCUCGAGCAUGUGAAGAUGUCUUUUGUCUGGACAUCCUUUUCCACCGUCUUUAAUUUCGACACUGACAUUCAUCCAAGUGCCGUCGCUCAGAGCAUUGCCAUAGAGAAGUGGAACUUAAAGUUCUUCGAAAAUCUGAAACAAUUCGAUGGACAGCAAAUACACUAUGAGCAAUGGGGUCAGUACAUUGGAGAAAUUGAAAUUGAAGGAUAUGAAAGAAAGGAACUACUUCUCCGUGGACUUAGAGACCAUUCUUAUGGCAUCAGGAAUUGGGCGGAUCUGUAUCGAUAUAUUAUAAUUUUUGCACAUUUUGAGAACGGAUUAUCAGUGAACUUAAUAGCAGUGUCAGUUCCCGUAACCACCACAAAUCUGAAAAUCGGCUUUGUGACGUUUCCAGAUGGAAGGAUAGCAGGGAUUGAUUGGUCGGAUAUCUCUUUGGCAGACGUAGCUGAUGAUGGGGACAUUGGUGACCUGUACAGAUUCAGUUUUACAGCAGACAGCCAACUAUUUAACCUACAAAUGUCCAUUGAUAAGAGUGCCCGUCCGCUACUCUGUGGAGGACUAAAGUGGGAAAGUCGAAUCUAUGAGUGUGUGGCCAACUAUCGCUUGAAUUUAACUAUUCGUGGUUGGGGCCUAGCUGAAUUUCAUUACAGAAGUGAAAGUGGGCGGCAGGCCCAAGACUCAGUGUCAACCAAAAGGUUCCAGGAACCUGUGGUGCCAGCAUGCUCCAGGCUGGUACAGUCAUUCUCCAGUGAGGCGUGCCAAUGCACUGCGAUAGUGGGUGGUAAAGGAGCCCAGCUGGCGCAGCUGACGGAAAUGCAGAAGUGCUUUGGAUUGCAGUUUAUUGUACCUAGGGGUUUCUGUGUCACGACAGCAGCUCUAGAGCACCAGAUGAAAAUGAACAGCAGUCUCCAGCAAGCUGUGUCAGAAAUCAGUGAUGAAACCAGCACUCACAGAAGUGGAAACCUUUGUGAACUGUGUGAAAGGUGUGUUGAGUUGUUCGAAAACACCAAACUGGCUCCAGAGAUUGAAAAAGCCAUUCACGAUCAAUUGGCUGAGCUGAGGCUGUUGGGAACUGAGCAGCAAUUGGCCGUCAGGUCCAGUGCGCUUGGGGAGGACACUGAGGAUUCAUCUGCUGCAGGGCAGCUCAGCACCGAACUGGGAUUGAAAAGCUUUGAACAGGUGUGUGAUGGUGUGCAGAAAUGCUGGGGUUCACUCUACUCUUUCCGGGCUGUGCAAUAUCGCAGACAGAGGGGGCAACCAGUGCAAUCAAGCAUGGGUGUGAUUGUCCAGCAGAUGAUAACAGCCGAGACUGCAGGUGUGUUGUUUACGUGUGAUCCUGUCACAGGACAUCCGGGCAGAAUGAUUAUCAAUGCAAACUAUGGUCUAGGAGAGUCUGUGGUGAAUGGUCUUGCAGACCCUGACACCAUCACCCUCUUGUGCAGUACAAAAGGGCAAUGUCACAUCCUCAAGAAGGAAAUUGGAACAAAGCAGAAGCAGAUCCGACAAGCAUUUUCAGGUGAAGGCGGAGUUAUGAUUGAAAACACUUCAGUUUCAGAUGCUUCAGAAUGCUGCAUGACAGAGGAUAUGAUUCUGAAAUUAGGACAAGUGGCCUUUCAGGUGCAAAAAUUCUACAGAGCUCCAAGGGAUAUUGAGUGGGCAAUAGAAGACUCUCACAUUUAUUUACUGCAGGCCAGACCAAUCACAUCUUUUAACUCUGUGUCGGAGUUUGAGUUGAUGCACGAGUUUGACUCUGCCAUGGCUACUGACUAUGCAUGGAUGACAACUGCAAACGUAGGUGAAGUGAUUCCUGGUGCUGCUACACCCCUGACAGUGAGCACCUUUGCAAGAGCCAUUGAAUAUGCAUUACAGGUAUUUUCAGUGAAAGCUGGAGGAGUUCGCGGCUUCUCCCCCUAUAACCACAAGUUCCUGGGCAUCUGCUGUUCCCACUUGUUUUUGGAUCUAAUGAGCAUGAAUAGCAACAUGGAACAGAAUAACAUGAUUACCAGAAAGAAGAUGAGUGACUUUGUGCUGCUGGGAAGGGUGCUGAAUGAAUUAUCAUUACAUGAUGUUACACUAAUUUAUGGGAAAUCACCCUUAUGGAAGAGAGUUAUCAAUACAAUUAAAUAUCUACAGUAUCUGAUCAGUGCUGGGUCACGGGUAAAUGUGUUAAUGAAGAAGAUGGCAAAGUACCAGAUACAACCUGCAAGCAAUGCACGGGAGUUUUAUUUCAACAUUGAUCGGCAGUUACCUGACUACUUUGAGGCGUGGUGCGUAUCAGUGUCAAAAUCAAAUGGCUCUGGAAUAUGGAAUUCAAUUCUUGUGUCAAUCUUGUCAGGAGGGAAAACGGAAUGGACUCCAGAACUUCUGGCAGAUGUUGCAAUAUUGUACAGCACAUGCUCAGAUGUUGUGUCAGCUGAUAUUCCUGUAGCAAUGAAAGGAAUCACUGAAGCAAUUCGAGCCCAAGGAAAGAGUGCUGAGUUUCUCGGGCUGGAUGCAGAGACUGCAGUAUCUUGGCUGCUGUCUCCGGAGAGUGGUGAAGCUGGUCGGAUGUUUCAGAAUUUCUUGCAGAAGCAUGGUUUCCGCUGCUUCAGAGAAAUUGAAUUGCGUGAAAAGUCAUGGAGAAGUGAUCCAACAAAGCUGCUGCCAGCAAUCCAGGCAAAUUUACAGGGCACCAACACUGUUGUUAAAGAAACAGUGUUGUCUCCAGAGGAGGCUGUUGAUUCCCUGAAGUCCAACAUUACUUUGAUUAGAAAAAUUGCCCUGCGCUUGUUGUUGCCAAAGGCGAGGAAAGCCAUUGCUGACAGAGAAUUACUGAAGGCUGAAGCAGUCAGAAUGCAUGAUAUCUUUAAGGUUGCCUAUUGGAAGCUGGCCAAACUUAUGGUACAGGAGGGUUAUUUACCAGAUGAGGACCUGCUGUUCUUCCUAACACAUUCAGAAAUUGGACAGAUACUUAAGCAGAAGUCAAUGUCAAUGAUAACCAGAGCCCAGUGUCGGAGAAAGUUACUGGGGAAACAAAUGGAUCUACAGUUUAAAGAAAUGAAUUUCGGUAAACCUCAGCCAAUCAAUCAAUGUCAAAGUGGGAAAAAUGGAACAAAGAUCACAUUGAAAGGUAUGGUGGUGAGCCAGGGGAUUGUGAAGGGAACAGCUCGCGUUAUGAGAACUAUUCAGGAAGCUAGCUGCAUCCAACAAGGAGAUAUUUUAAUUACAACAAGCACAGACAUAGGAUGGAGCCCAUACUUUCCUCUACUCAGCGGACUGGUCACAGAGAUUGGAGGACUGCUAUCACAUGGUGCUGUAGUUGCACGAGAAUACGGGAUUCCCUGCAUUGUAAGCUGUAGAAAUGCAACAAAUCUGCUCCAGUCAGGUGAUAUUGUGUUUCUUAAUGGAACCAAGGGGACUGUGCAGAAAAUUGUAGAGAACUGAAAAGGUUCCAUCCACUCUCCAGAAGCGAAUGGAAACAGCAAACUACAAUACCAGGGGAAACUAGCAUACGCUCUAUCCUGACAAUAUCACUGUGAAUGAUGGAUACAACGCUAUUAAAAAAAUAUAAAAGUAAAUGAAGUUCAAGGCAUCAGCUUCUCAAUAGUCAGACAGAAAAAUUAACAGUACUUGUAUCUGUUGCAGAUUUCUAACGAUACUACAGCAAAGGCUCUGGCAGACAAAUAUCCUGGCUGCAGUGACGGCAAUGUUCACUGUCAAAUAACUAUUCCUUUAGCAUAGCUGUUUCAGUCCAGCUACAAUACAGACAUUCCAACAAUAUGGAAAAUUGCACAUUAUUUGCUUAGACGUUCUCAUGAACUAUUGAGAAGGGUAAUUAUUUAGUUUGAAUUUAUCUUCCACUCUUUCUGCACCAAUCCAAACUUACCAUCAAACCCGCGGACAAAGGAGGUGGUGUUGUGGUGUGGCUGACUGACCUCAACUUUGCCGAGGCUAGGUGACAACUUUCUGAUACUUCUUCAUACCUACCUCUUGAAGAGGACCCCACUCUGGACAUCAGAAAACUAUCUCCCACAUCAUCACUGAUCUCAUCAACUAUGGAGAACACCAAACUCAUAGUUCCCUUGCCCCACUCUGCACACCUCUUAGCCAAGAUCCAUAAACCUGACUGUCUGGGUAGACCCUUUCUCUCUGUCUGCUCCCGUCCCAACUCCAUUCUUUCCCCUUUGGUUCGGUUCCUUCCCACCUAUGUCCAUGACACUUUUCAUGUUCUUGAUCUCUUCACUAAUCCUGACCCCGACCGCCUCAUUUUUACAUGGAUGUCUGGUCCCUAUACACUUAUAUCCCCCAUCAACAAGGCCUUAAAGCUCUCUGCUUCUUUUUCAAGAAAAUAAAACAACCAGUUUCCAUCCACCACCAUCCUCCUGCGGCUGGCAGAACUGGUCCUCACCACCACCCUUUGGCUCCUCCCACUUUCUGAAAACUUGAGAGGUAGCCAUGACUUGGUGAUGCUCCCCAACUCUUCCUCCGCUAUGUUGACGACUGCAUUGGUGCUGCUUUAUGCACCCAUGCUGAGCUCAUCAAUUUCUUCAACUUUGCCUCCAACUUCCACCCUGCCCUUAAAUUCACUUGGUCCAUUUCUGACACAUUCAUCCACUUUCUUGAUCUCUCUGUGUCCGUCUCUGGAGGCAAACUCUUGACCGACAUCUUUUCUAAACGUAACAUUUCCCACAGUUAUAUUGACUAUACCUCUUUCCAUCCUGUCUCCCAUAAAAAUGCUGUUCCCUUUUCUCAGUUCCUUCAUCUCCAAUGCAUCUGUUCCCAGGAUAUGACUUUCCUUUCCAGGACAUCAGUCCUCCACUUUCAAAGGAUGGCGUUUAUCUUCCCGCAACAUUGAUACUGUCCUCAUCCACAUCUCCUCCAUUUUCCAAACAUUUGUGUUUAUCCCAUCUUCCUGCCACCUUAACAGUGAUAAGAGUUCCCCUUCUCCUUAGCUACCACCCCAUGAGCCUCUACAUCCAACACAUAAUUCUCCGCAACUUCUGCUAUCUCCAGAGUGAUCCUAUCACCAAACAUAUUUUUAUCUUCUCUAACACCACCCCCCCCCCACUACUCUCUACAGGGAUCGAUCCCUCCACGAUUCCCUUAUCCAUUCACCCUCUCUCACCCCCAUUCAGGGCUCCAAGCAGUCCUACCACAUGAGAUAACACUUCACCUGUGAAUCUGCUCGGGUGGUUUAUUGUGUCCCAUGCUUCUGCUGUGGCCUCCUCUACACUGGUGAGAUCUCUUGUAAAUUGGGAGACCACUUUGUUGGAACCUUCGCUUCAUCCACCAAAAGCAGAAUUUUCCGGUGGUCAAACAUUCUAAUUCCAAUUCCCUUUCCUGUUCCCACAUGUCAGUCCAUGGCCUCCUCUUGUGUCAUGAUGAGGCUACUCUCAAGGAAGCAAUGCCUUAUAUUCCGUCUGAUGGCAUGAAUAUUGAUUUCUCCUUCCAAUUUAAAGAAAAAUCCCCAAACCUUUCCCUCUUCUUCUAUUCCCCACUCUGGCUUCAGACCUCUUCUCAUCUGCCUAUUACCGCCCCCUUCCCUUUCUCCUAAUGGUCUACUCACCUCUCCUACCAGAUUCCUUCCUUUCCAGCCCUUUUACCUUUCCUACCCAUAUGGCUUCUCCUUUCACUUUCUAACUAUCCUCCUUCCCCUCUGCCCCACCUUUUGAUUCUGGCUUCUUCUCCCUUUCUUUCUGGUCUUGAAGAUAGGUCUUGGUGCGAACCGCCGACCGUUUAUUUAUUUCCACAGGAGGUGCCUCCACUGCGGAGUUCCUCCAGCAUUUUGUGUGUUGCUUUGUUUUAAUUAUUCCUCUUCUGGCACUGAGUUGUUGGCAAACUCAGCAUUUAUUGUUCUUUCUGAAUUUGCCUGGGAGGGUUUUUAAACUGCUACAGAUUUUCUGGUGAAUUCUGUGGUGGAGAGGCCUCAGCGAUGUUGAAGGGACAUUGUUAGAUUGGUAUGCACAGCACCCACUGUGCACUGGUGUGGUGGGAAAAAAAAGUAAGAUGGUGGAUGAGGUCUUAGUCAAGUGGGCUAUUUGGUCCUGAAAAGUGUCAACUCCAUGAGGUUGUGUUUAAGUUGCUCUUAAUUUGUAUUUUGGCAUCAGGAGUGAAUCACUCAGUGCAGGAUAGUAGUAGUCUGUAAUCUCCCCUUUGACCUUAGCUCGAUGGGUGACCAUCAGAUAAGCAUCAGAUAGCAAAACUCCAGGAGACAUCACUCUUGACAUCAAAAGAACUCACAAGCCUUUCCACCAUGACAAGUUGGCAAUCCUCAAAGAAUCUCACAACAGAAUACUCAGCCUACACAUGUAUUAUUAAUACAGUAUCACUUGUCCACUCGAGGUUCUGGCCACCCUUUUCUCCCAGGACAUUGAUGAUAGGACCAAAUUGUAGCUGUGCCGCUUUAUGCUAAGGAUAGAUUGUUGAGUUCCCUCUUGCUGUGCAGAAGGAUAUUGCCUGACAAUCUUAUGACAUGAAUGUCACUUGCCAAUUUUUAGACAUCCGAAAUGUGUUUUAGAAGUUGCUCCAUGCAGACUGCUUAAGUUGUUGAAUUGCGAUGAAUAGAAUAGAACUUUGUAUAAUUAGUGAACUUUCAGUUUCCCCAGCAAAUCACAUACCAUCCUAUUUUGGUUAUAUAUCACUGUAUUCAACAUCACCAAUUAAAACUCUCACAACAAUGCAUUCUCAACACUUUGGGAGGAGUAAUGGGGUACCUUCACCAGGUGUACUACAGGACUUUAAGAAGGUAGCUUACCAUCACCUUCUACAGUGCAGAUAGAGAUGUACAAUAAAUACUGGUCAUGUCCAAGUGAAGAUAAAAAGGUCUCACAAUUACUUAUCAAUGUCUAAGCUAAAAUUUAAUGGGUUAUUGCACUAUUAUCUUCUUUAUCAUAACUUAUUGUAUUUGCCUAUAUCUUGUACAAUGAUAUACUUAUUCUUACUAAGAUGACACCAAAUUUUACUAAUAUUUUUUCAUUCUAUUUGAUGGAUAAAGAUGAAUAUAUUUGUGAUAUUACUGCAUUAAAUAAAACUGCAUACAGAAUCCACAGAUUGCCUGAGAUUAUUGGGCAAGUACCAAAACAGUCUAAGGUCAUCUUCAUACCAUGAGUGUAAAGUAUCCAUGAAUUCUUAACAGGAGGUGUAGGGUGCCCAGGUAUUUUGUAUCAUUCAGGACACAUGCAGUAAUCAAAAAAGUGAAAGGUCGGAAGUAGUAAUUAAUCAUGGCCCUAUGCAAAUAAGAGCAUUACUUACUGGAUGGGCUCACCUUCCAUGACAGAUCCAGAAUCGAAUACAGCUUGUAUUCUCCGCAGUGGAAUAGAGCUGGAGAUUACAGAUGGGUCUUCUUUAGAAUGUGGCUGGAAUACAAAAAUGUGCAAACUUGCUUCAUUUGUGCAAUGAUGAGAGAGCCUCUCUAGAACAUGGAAUUUGGUCUGGACACUGCAGCUGAGGGCAGUACAUGGACACACAUGACAGAAUGGUGCGGAGGCUUAAAAGACUGAAUGAUGAGGGCAGAUUGCAUAAACACAAGUUGUUCUUAUGUUUUUAAAAUUGUAACCAAUUGAUGAGCUUAAUGCUAUGUAAGGGGUUUCUUCUUUUAUGUUACUGCAAAGGCUAAUAAAAUGGCUUCUUUGUUACAUUAUAAUUAAAAUGGCUUUUCUGUAAUAAUAACUGUGAUGUAAGGAGUCCUCUCUCUCUCUCUGCUUGUUUGGGUUAGAUUAUUGAUAAGAGAGGGAAUGAACCAAUUGGGAUAGAUGUUAUUCUUUCUUGUGUGUCUGUAAGCUAUUGUUAUUGCGGGCUUUGAGGCAGAAGGCGGAUGGGGGCAGAGAGAGGAGACGCAAUGCUGUAAGCUGGGCGGUGAAAUGGACCCUGAGUGGGAGUCCGAGGCCCAGGGUCCUCGGCGAGGACAGGAGAUGAAUACAGGCUCUUGUGGAGCGUCUGGUCGACCACCGUGGCUGGUCCCAGGCGGCCGGUCGAGGAGGUCGGGGGGACCAAAUGUUGGAAAGUAGACUCCAUUAAUUGAGCUCCAACUGUUUGUGCACAAAGUGGUUGAACUUUGAUAAGUUUGGCGCCUUUUAUUUUCCUUUUAUAUUUUAUCUCCAUUAAUUACAUAGUUCCAGAAAAAUCUAUAAAGUGUAAUCAUUUAAUCUCAUAUGGUGUAUCGUC